AAAAGGCUCGCAAACUUUUGAAUCUCAUUUCCUGUUUGGCCAGUGUGGCAAGCUGCAGGUGAGUGCAGAUCUCAUCAGCAGGGGUGACCAUGAUGGAGUCCCAGAAUCGGAAAAGAGCUCCAGCAUGGACCGAAUGGGGGGUACGGGAUCUGAUUGCUGUAUGGGGAGACGAAUCCGUGCUAUCAGAACUCCGUUCCAAAAGACGAAAUGCCCAAACAUUUGAAGAAAUCUCCAAAGGCAUGAAGGAUAGAGGCUAUAACAGGGACCCGCAGCAGUGCCGCGUGAAACUUAAGGAGUUCAGGCAAGCCUACCAAAAAACCAGAGAGGCAAACGGCCGCUCGGGGUCAGAGCCCCAGACAUGCCACUUCUAUGAUGAGCUGCAUGGCAUUAUAGGGGGUGCAGCCACUACCACCCCACCCCUGUGCUUUGAGUCCAUCAAUGAAAUAUCACGCAACAGGGAUGCGCAUUUUGGGGAUGAGGAAGAUGAGGACGAGGAGGUUGAAGUUAGCGCACAGCAAGCAAGCGGAGAAACCGUUUUCCCCAAGAGCCAGGAACUGUUUCUCACCCUGGACCUGGAGCCAGUACCCGCCGAACCCACCCAAGGCGGGUUCCAGGACCCGCCAGGUAGAGAAGGGACCUCUGCUGCAAAUGUUUCAAUGCUCACAGAAUCAUCUCCAUCCCAAAGGCUAGUGAAGAUUAGAAGGCAAAAAAAACACACUCGCGAUGAAAUGUUCUCUGAGCUAAUGCAGUCCUCCCACACUGAAACAUCCCAGCAGAAUGCAUGGAGGCAAGCAAUGUCAGAGUCCAGGAAAAAAGAACAAGAGUACUUGUGGCACCUUAGAGACUAACAAAUUUAUUAGAGCAUAAGCUUUCAUGGGCUACAGUCCUCUUCAUCAGAUGCAUAGAAUGGAACAUAUAGUAAGAAUAUAUAUAUAUACACACACAUACAGAGAAGGUGGAAGUUGCCAUACAAACUGUGAGAGGCUAAUUAGUUAGGGUGAGCUGUUAUCAGCAGGAGAAAAUCAUAGAAUCAUAGAAUAUCAGGAUUGGAAGGGACCUCAGGAGGUCAUCUAGUCCAACCCCCUGCUCAAAGCAGGACCAAUCCCCAAUUUAUGCCACAAAUCCCUAAAUGGCCCCCUCAAGGCUUGAACUCACAACCCUGGGUUUAGCAGGCCAAUGCUCAAACCACUGAGCUAUCCCUCAGCAUACAAUAAUAUAGUGGUUUUCAAACUUUUUUCCUCAGGACCCAGCUGAAGAAAAUUGUUGAUGCCCGUGACCCAAUGAUGAACUUUUAUAGUGAUAAUCAAGAUGACCCAUUUAGACAGUUGACAAGAAGAUGUGAGGACACUUAACAUAGGGAAAUAGAUUCAAUAUGUGUAAUGACCCAGCCAUUCCCAGUAUCUAUUCAAACUCAAGUUAAUGGUAUCUAGUUUGCAUAUUAAUUCAAGCUCAGCAGUUUCUUGUUGGAAUCUGUUUUGGGAGCUUUUCUGUUGCAAAACUGCCACCUUUAAAUCUUUUACUGAGUGGCCAGAGAGGUUGAAGUGUUCUCCGACUGGUUUUUGAAUGUUAUGAUUCCUGAUGUCAGAUUUGUGUCCAUUUAUUCUUUUACAUAGAGACUGUCCAGUUUGUUUCCCAAGAUCUGUGAGAGUGAGGGAUCAUUUUUCAGGAUAGAUUGUAAAUUUUUCAUGAUGCGCUGGGAGAGGUUUUAGUUGGGGGCUUAAGGUGACAGCUAGUGGCAUUCCAUUAUUUUCUUUGUUGGGCCUGUCCCGUAGUAGGUGACUUCUGGGUACUCUAAUGGCUCUGUCAAUCUGUUUUUUCACUUCAGCAGGUGGGUAUUGUAGUUUUAAGAAUGCUUGAUAGAGAUCUUGUAGGUGUUUGUCUCUGUCUGAGGGAUUGGAGGGGUUGUAUCUUAGAGCUUGGCUGUAGACAAUGGAUUGUGUGGUGUGUCCUGGAUGAAAGCUGGAGACAUAUAGGUAAGUACAGCGGUCAGUAGGUUUCUGGUAUAGGGUGGCGUUUAUGUGGCCAUCGCUUAUUAGCACUAUAGUGUCCAGGAAGUGGAUCUCAUGUGUGGACUGGUCCAGGCUGAGGUUGAUGGUGGGAUGGAAAUUGUUGAAAUCAUGGUGGAAUUCUUCAAGGGCUGCUUUUCCAUUGGUCCAGGAAAGCACAAUAUGAACGCGAGGGCAGGUGGCAGGUUGAAGAUGAUAGGUGGCGUCAGCUUGCUGACAGAAGGCAGGAGGCAAUGCUGAGGCUACUGGAGGAUCAAACUGAUAUGCUCCAGUGUAUGGUUGAGCUGCAGGAAAAGCAGGAGCAGGGACCGCCGCUAUAGCCCCUGUGUAACGCCCUCCUCCCGAAGUUCCAUAGCCUCCUCACCCAGAUGCCCAAGAACGUGGUGGUGGGGGGGCUUCCGGGGACCCAAGCGCUCCACCCCAGAGGACUGCCCAAGCAACAGAAAGCUGGCAUUCUUAAGUUUUAAAGUGCAGUGUGGCCUUGUCCUUCCUUCCUCCCCCACCCCUCCCAGGCUACCUUGGCAGUUAUCCACCUAUUUGUGUGAUGAAUUAAUAAAGAAUGCAUGACUUUGAAAUAACAAUGACUUUAUUGCCUCUGCAAGCGGUGA